AUGAAGUUUUCCACGAUCAUUGCAAUCGUCUUUAGCCUAUUAUCGAUGGCGCUCAUGCUCAUUGAAGCUGAUCAUACCGUGUGGAUACAGAACAAGGUAACGUCAGGUACAUGGACAAAUGUUUCAGCCUCCGUAACUAAUGGCGGCGACUCCUUCAACGCCGAUGGUGAUUGGGCGCACAAUGGUUAUUCUGUGUCUAUCCCUGAUUCAGUAAAUUCAUAUUGGCUCCAAUUCAGAGUUGCUGCAUCUACUGAAGAUAACAAAUGGCGCGGCCCAAUCCCUAAUGAUGGGGAUAAAUGUUGGCACUUUCAUGGUACUAUAGAUAAUUGGAAAACACCUCCAUAA